CGCCCCUCCGAGGCGUGAAUGACAGAGGAGGUGCCCCCGACUGCACUUACGGACGUAAACCUGCGUCUUCUCUGCCACAAUGACAUAGACACAGUGAAACAGCUCUGUGGCGACUGGUUCCCAAUAGAGUACCCUGACUCAUGGUACCGAGAUAUCACUUCCAACAAGAAGUUCUUUUCCCUCGCAGCCACAUAUAGAGGCUCCAUCGUGGGAAUGAUAGUGGCAGAGAUCAAGAGCAGAACAAAGGUGCAUAAAGAGGAUGGAGACAUCCUAGCUUCCAAUUUUCCUGUGGACACUCAAGUUGCUUACAUCCUAAGUCUUGGAGUGGUGAAGGAGUUCAGAAAACAUGGAAUAGGUUCGCUCUUGCUUGAAAGUUUAAAAGACCAUAUAUCAACAACAGCCCAAGAUCACUGCAAAGCCAUCUACCUGCAUGUCCUCACCACUAACAACACAGCAAUAAACUUCUAUGAAAACAGAGACUUUAAACAGCACCACUAUCUUCCCUAUUAUUAUUCCAUCAGAGGGGUCCUCAAAGAUGGCUUUACCUACGUCCUGUACAUCAAUGGCGGCCAUCCACCCUGGACAAUCUUUGACUACCUACAGCACAUUGGAUCAACACUAGCCAGCCUGAGCCCGUGUUCAAUUCCCCAGAGGAUAUAUCGACAAGCCCAGAGCCUUCUCUGCAGCCUUCUGCCCUGGUCUGGCAUUUCUGCCAAGAGCGGCAUCGAAUAUAGCCGGACGAUGUGACUGGAUCGGAAGAUGUACAAAAAGCUGCGGAUUGUUCUUCCUUUCAUCUCCUGAACCAUCUGGCUCUGCACUGAUUCCAGUGAUGACGGCGCUUGGUCAGUGACCCAGCCCCUGGACAGGACUCCUUGUUCCACAGGUUGACCGAGAUUUGGCAGACUUCACACCUGACGGGCUGCAGCCCUGACUUACCCCCUUGGCCUGGAGCCUGCGAGCGCUGCCUGGGCAGGCCUGGCUGUCGUGCGAGGCAUCUGGCUGUGCCGUAGCUGAGGGCCCUUUGUGUCACCGGUAUGUGUGCAUGUUGCACUGUCCCCGCCACUUCCCUUGCCUCUGGUUUGCUCCUAUUCGUAUACGUGAUGUAGAGGGGUUCAGUUGCUGCUUCCACACCAUGGCUACUGAAAGCAGCGUGAAUGAGGUUAACGAAUCUGUGCUGACCAAUCAUGUAAAUGAGCUGUAAGCCGCUGGCAGGCCACUGCUGGCAGAAUAUAGUCAUGCCCUUGUUGCCAGGGAAGGGGGAGCCGGGCGUGG